AUGUGCGAGAACGCGCGCAACACCACACGACCACCACACGACCACCACCACACGACCAAGGCUCAGGCUCGAGGGUCCGCUGCUGACCUGGGCCGAUGGUCAGGGAUCGCUGGUGCGGCGGCCGACGGCCAGGCACACACAAGAGGCCUCCCCCAUCCACCCGGCGCACAGGUCGUAGCCCACGAGUCGGCGCCCAGGGUUGUCCAUUAUCCACUGCCGCACCUGCGCAUGGCAGUUAUGAGGUGGUACGGGUUGCGUGGCCUGCUGGGCGUGGUCGAUGAAAGCACGCACGAUGGCCUCGGCCGACAGUCCGCCCUGCGCGUCGGCGGCCGCGCGGGCGAGGCAGCGGGCGAGGAGCGGCAGGGUGACGGCGGUGUCCCACGGGUGGAGCAGGCGGUCGCCCUGCACCUCGGCCCACGUGCGGUGAUGCGGGCAAUGGGCGAGGAAAGGGUAGUCGGCCUCCCGGUCCGCCGCGGUGAUGUCGUGGCGCAG